CAUCAUCAGAAAAAGGGGGUUCUGAUAGAGGGCUCACUACUACUACUAGUGCAUGCAGUUGUUGUUUUAGCAAACAUGCCAGAAAUUCAGUUUCAACACGUUAUUUCAUGUAGCAGUGAGGAUGAGACUCACAAAGCUGAUAAUUUGCUGAAGACAGAAACGUAUCGAAAAUGGAAGUGUGCAACUGCUGGAGAGAAACAAGCGACUGUUAUAUUACAGUUUGAAAAGUCCAGCACUAUCAAUUCCCUAGAUAUAGGGAACGAGGGCUCCGCAUUUGUAGAGGUUUUAGUUGGCAAGUCUUCAAGUGACGAAGACUACCAGGUUUUACUUGUGACAUCAUCAUUUAUGAGCCCAGGUGACAGCAAGAAUGGUACAAAUACUAAUCGUGUUCGAUUCUUUGGACCAAACCAGUUAACAAAAACUGUGAUAAACAAAAGUUGGGAUCGUGUUAAGGUCGUUUGCACUCAGCCUUUUAACAAGAACAUUACAUAUGGCCUAUCCUUUAUUAAGCUUCACUCAACCCCAUCACCCGGUGAACAGUCAUCUGACAUGGGAAAAGAUGCUAAGACUCAGGUCAACAAGCUAGGUCAUUUCAAAUUGAAAGAAACAAACCAACCAAGCAUGACCAUUGGUUCGCUUUUCAAGAGUCGCAAUCAAGAGAAACCAGAGCCUACCAUUUUAAAAGGGGCAGCAGCAGUGAGGGCAGCAUCAUCUUUAGCAGAACAGUCAAUUCAAGCUUCCUCCCAUAGCAAAACUGCUGACGAACAAAGGAUAGCAACUCUUACCCAAAAACAGCAGACUCCCUCUAGUAAAAGAAAGUCAACUGAUCAAGAAAAGCACACUGCUGAGAAGCAUGGACCUAAGCAGUCACCAAAAAAUACAGAGCCUUCGAAGCGGAAGACUGAACCACAACAAGUACCGCCGAUGAAAAAGCGAAAAUCGGAUGUGGCCAAAUCAUCUCCAAAAAAACCUUUUGGAAAAUUAAUGGAGGGUGUUGUGUUUGUAAUAAGUGGUUACCAAAACCCACAUCGUAGUGAUAUUCGAGACAAAGCAAUAGAGAUGGGGGCAAGGUACAAACCAGACUGGGGGCAAGGCUGCACACAUCUCAUAUGUGCAUUUGCUAACACACCAAAGUACCAGUCUGUGAGAGGCAAAGGAAAAAUAGUCAACAAAGGAUGGAUCCUGGAUUCUUACAAGAAAAAGAUGUUAUUGCCAUGGAGACAGUACAAACUAGCAAGUAAAGAUGACAGCUCUAGUGAUGAAACAGAGGAUGAAGAUGAACAAAUUACCUCUCCAGAAAAAAAGUCAACAUCAAAAACAGAAACAAAAAGGCUUGAAGCUGCACAGGAUGAUGAAGAAGAUGAUGAAGAAACAAUGGAAGCAUCGACGUCAAUCAUGCACGCAAGUCAUGUAGACGAAUCCUCCGGAUCUGACACUGAAGAUGAAAUAAACAGAAUCCAACAAAAUACUGGCAAUGAUGAUGAUUAUGGAAGUUCAACAGAUAUCGACUCUGACACUGAAAAUGUUAGCAAACAAGUAAAAAACACAAAAGUGUCGCGCAUCGAUGAAGCAGAUAAUGACACUGGAGGCAAUAUUCCAGAACUACCAGACUUCUUUACGGACAAGCACUUUCUAUUGUUUGGUAAAUUUGACGAGUUGGAGAGAAGGCACUUAUUUCGAUAUAUUACUGCUUUUAAUGGUGAACUUGAAGAUUAUAUGUCAGACAAUGUUUCACACAUAAUUACAAAGUCACAAUGGGAUGACAACUUUGACCAGGCACUUGAUGAAAAUGCUCGUCUUAUUUUCGUUCGGCCUAAGUGGAUAUUUUCAUGUGGGGAAAAAGGCAAGAUGGUACCAUAUCAACCUUAUGUUGUGGUACCAAGUCACUGAAGUACGCUGUUUUAUUUGUUUACAAAACUCGUUGUCCUUGGAUGUUUUAAAGAUAAUAGAGGGUCAUUACAUUUUUAGUUUACUCAUUAGCAUGACACUUAAAGUUGAGAUCCCAAACUACAAUGCCAACCUUUAAUAACGAAGAUAAGUUGCUCUGUCUGAUCAUCAUAUAUGGGAGGUGGUUUGGCACAGUGGGAACGGUUUAGUUUCCUAAUCUUGAGGUCGGGGUUUCAAUCCCUCGCUGUGCAUUUCGCUUGUGUCCUUGAGCAAGACACUUUAUCUGCAUUGCUUCUCUCCACCCAGAAAUAUAAAUAGGAACCUGGUGGGGUCGCCUGCUCCUGUGCUGAUUACAGCAGCAACACUUAAGCAUGUAGACCCAAUGACCAGGGAAAAGAACUGCACUUUAUGACCUCAAGGAAGAGGCGCUUUAUAAAUGCCCAUACCAGUACCAGUAUUUGAAAUGAAAAAUUAUGUGUGUUAGAGUUUGUUUCCCCAACAUGAGGCAUAAGAGCCAAGGAUAUGCCAAAGGGUGAACCACAACACACUUGUACACACCAGAAGCUUCUACUUAGACACAGUCAUAGGUUGUGGAGGUGUUGUUGGUUGGGAGAAAUUUCCUUUUACCAUACAGGAAUUGAGCUCCUAUACUGGUAUUUUCUCAAAGGUUAGCCCACUCUCUUCUUAAUAAAAUAACUAUCAACCAUCGCGUCUGGUUGACAUUGAAAGCGAGGCACUCACUGCGUCACUGAUGUACAGCUGUCGGCCGACGAAUCCGACCCCGCUGCCUAUGAGCGCGAGAUGACGCGACGCUGUCUGCUGAUUGUUGGUAGCAGUCCAACGGAUCAUCAUUAAAAAUGAUCCAUUGUGCGUUCAACAUGGAGUUGCGUUCUUUAGAGAAUCGCGUCGUCCGACAACCAUCAGGCGCGGUGAGUGCCUGAUUAUAGAUAUUGUAUUCAAGACACCUGUGAACAAAAUAAACAAAUACUGACAUCA